AUGCUCCGCGGCCAGCUUCCUUCCGUGCUCCCUGCGCUCGCAGCGCUGCUCGGAUCAUCGUCUGCCUUCGUCGUCCCGAUGGAGAGCCCCCCCGUCGACCGCCUCAGCCUCGUCGCGCCAUUGGGCGACGCGGCCGGCACGACGCUCCGGCUGCAAGAGCUCGCCGCGGGCCGCCCGCUGAUGGACAAGUGGGCCAGCGGCAAGUAUUCUGGGCGCGUGGCCUUUGUGUGUGUCAGCCUAGCUGGGCCUCAGCUCGCGUCCACUUUCGUGAAGGAGCUCAAGCUGUCAGCGUGCACCGUCGCGUACACAGAGGACAACCCCGCCUGGGGGCAGCUCGGUUGCGGUGGUUUCAUUGUGUACGGCAGCGACGGCCGCAUCGCAAGCCGCGCGACGGCGGCGUACCUGGAGGUGAGGGAGCGUGCGUUCCAUCACGUCGAGUCGCUCCUGGACGCGCUGCUCGACGGCGCAAAGUCGAGGCCGUCGCUGCCGCCGCCGCCGCCGCCGCCGGACGCGCCCCUCGCCGUGGUGGACGGAUUGGAACUCUCGAGGGCGGCGGAGACGUGUGGUGCGGCCACGCCGCAGUCGGAACGGCGCGGCGGCGGCCGCGGUGGAGACGUCGACGAUCCCGUCGCAUCGCCCGCAGCGCAGGUGCGUCUCGCCCCGGGACGCGUCCCGAGCGUGGGAAUUGCCGCUCUCGACGACGAGCACGCGGCGUGCACGGCGGCGCUGCGCGAGCUCGCCGCCACACGCAGUGCCGCGGCGCUUGCAGAGGUGCGGCGCGCGUAUGAGGCGCACUUCCGCCACGAGGAGGCGCUCCUGGACGAGUACCUCUGGAACGCGGCCGCAGCCGCCGCAGGCGGCGGCGCGGCGGCGGGCGGCGGCGCGGCGGCGGGCGGCUUCGAUCUUCGCGCGUCGAUGCGCCGGUCCCACUUUGCCGACCACGCGCGGCUCCUGCGCGAGGUGGCGGAGCCGGCGGCUGAGGACGUGCCGCGGGCGGGCGCGACGACAGGCGGCGAGGCGAGGCCGACGGGAGGCGAGCUAGGAGGCGAGCGGGCGCGCGCGACGGCAGGCGGCGCCGCGCGCGAGGAGGGGCGUUCCGUGGUUUCGCGCGAGCUGGUGGAGCGCGUGCUGCGCGACUUCGAGGCGCACGCCAGCCGGUACGACUACUCGUACGGCGCGGACCUCGGCACGGCGCUGCGGCGCGCCGGCGAGUCGCCCGCUGCGGUCCUGGCCGCCGCGGCGGGCGGCGUGGAACAAGGCGCGGUCUCGACGGCAGCCUUGUGA